AUCAUCAUGUACAGACAUAAAUUUAGAAGUUCUACUGCUUGUAAGAUUGUAUACCUACUCUGCUUAGGUACAGUAGUCUCCAUCUUGGUGAUCUGGUACGCCACUGCACCGGCUGAGGAGACAGUGGAUUAUGAAGAUUAUUUUGUGGCAAUGGAUGCUCCUUUGCGGGACGCUAGAGAUGCCACGAGUGUGGAUGACAACUGUGAGCAGAGACAUUGCUCUGAGUACCUCACCAGCAGGGAGAGGGUCGCUCAAAAGAAGUGCAUGAGAGAGGUUUUCCGGUACAUGGAUCCAUUGGAGAUCAAGGCCUCAUUGAGGGAGAAUCCAUGUCGGUUUAUAGACGCGAGAAAUCGUCUUCCAGUAGCACUUGUGAGUGCUGAAGGUUCGGGUAACACUUGGUUACGAUGGCUACUUGAGAGGGCUAGUGGCGCGUGUACAGGCUUCAUUCAUUGUGACUAUGUUAUGAGACGAAGUGGUUUUAUUGGUGAAGGUGUGAUGAGUGGCAGUGUGCUGGUUGUGAAGACACAUUCUAUAGAGCCACAGUGGAAUGGAGUGAAUUAUACACAACCAAACCCCAAACAUCCUUACUUUGGAUCAGGAAUACUCAUGAUUAGGAACCCGUACAAAUCAUUGGUUGCUGAAUGGAAUCGACGGAUCACAAAUCUGGUCUUGAUUCCAAAUGGUAUUGAACAUAAUGAGAGCCACACAAACACUGUAUCAGAGGAAUACUGGAGAACACCAGAAUGGGCUUCCUUUGUGCAAGUGUACAUGCAAGCAUGGAAGGAGAGGAUCAUGAACUGGUUGCUACAGGAUCAUGCAAAGGUCCAUGUGGUGUAUUAUGAGGACUUGCAGACCCACACUGUGAGAGAGGUCACUCGACUGUUGGACUUUCUCCACAUCGACUAUUCAAGCCCCAGAGAUGUGGCAUCCAGUAUCAGUGGAGGUUACACAGAAUUUAAACGUCCGCAUGCUAAAAGUUUGGGAUAUGAGUAUUACACACUUGAACAAAUCUACUUCAUAAAGUCAAUGAUACAAAAAACAAACGAACUACUAAAAAGGAACAAAGUAACUCUAGAUUUAGAUAGAUACUUGCAGGUAUAA